AUGACGAUUACUCUUAAUCUAAAGAACAAUAAUGAUUAUGAUCAUGAUUAUUCUGAAUUGGAAAUUGAUAAUUGUUUGGAUAAACUAAUUGUAAAAAUUCAAGAAUUAAAAUCACAAUCAAAGAUUGAUAAUGUUUAUUAUCAAUUCACAAAUAAGGAUAAUAACUAUGAAAACUAUCUAUUUUUAAUGAAUGAAUUUGAAAAGUCAGAUUUGAAAUUAAAGAAUGUUAAUUAG